AUGUCACGGCCAGUCUGCCGGUACUGGCAGCAGGGCAACUGCAAGUUUGGAAGGGCCGCCGGUGGCUCUGGCAGUGGAGGAGCAGGUGGCGGCAAUACAAACCGCAACAACUACAAAUUCCACUCUGAACUCCCGUAUAGCCUCGAUAAAGACGUGCUACGAAAAGACUUGACGGAAGACAAGCCGCUAUGGAUCCUAUCAUCGUAUGCGCCGGGCAGGAAUGCGCCCGGGCAGCUAUUUGGCGGAUACCCUCGCGAGCAGAGCUUCGAGGAGGUUAGACUGCAUUAUGAGAUGGGAAGAGCUGCAGGCAAUGAGAGGGGCGCACUCCAAGAGAUCGAAGCCCUGUACAACACCGCACAGCAGCAGAACCAAGGUGCACUGAACAACCUCGACGGAGCAAUCGAGUACAUCAUAGCGGCCGGGGAAAAGCAUCCCAAUCGCAUCGACGAAUGCAAGAACAACUCUCAAGCCGGAGGCACAACCGGCGCCUUCUCUACUGGCUCUCAGCAGGCCUCAAACCCUUUCCUCAAGCCUCCCACUUCUGCACCUGCAACCGGCGCGUUUGGACAGACAUCUGCACUUGGCCAGAAAACUAACCCCUUUGGAGCUGUGGGAAACACGAGCGCCUUCGGACAGCCAUCCGGCCUCGGCGGUCACCCAACAAGUGCAUUCGGACAACCAUCACAAAUGGGUGGAGGAUCCGCGUUCGGUCAACCAUCUGCCAUGGGCCAGAACUCUGCAUUCGGGCAGACCUCUGCUCUUGGUCAGAAACCAAAUCCGUUUGGCGGCGGUGGAGGCAGUGCGUUCGGCCAGACGUCUUCUCUAGGCCAGAAUUCAGCGUUUGGGCAACCAUCGCAACAAGCAACAUCAAGCCCCUUCGGACAAGCUGCUCAGCCAACCAGUGGGUUUGGCCAGCCCUCUGCUCUGGGCCAGAAGCCCAGCCCAUUCGGAGGCGCGUCUGCUACAGCAACUCCUAGCCCCUUUGCGACCGCUAUGGGAGGCUCAAACACCCCAGCUGCGAACCCCUUUGCUCAACAGCAAGCAACAUCCUCCCCCAGUCCCUUUGGCCAGGCUGCUGCCACUGCACCGACAAACCCCUUCGGUCAAGCGCAGCAGCAACAGUCAUCGCCAUUCGGGGCGCCUGCCGCACCAAAGGAAGACGCGAUGGACGUUAAUAGCGCGCCACCCGCGUCCACUGGGUUCGGUGCUCCAGCUGCUACUCCGGCUCCAUCCAACCCAUUUGCUCAAGUUCAGACAUCAUCUGGCUUUGGUCAACCAACUUCGAACACAGGCUUUGGCGGCUUCGGUGGACAGACCAACAACGCGGCGACCUCUUCAGCCCCAGCGAGCCAGAACCCCUAUGCCCCAGACGCGUCGCGCCAACACCCACCCCUAUCAAGCUACUCGACCCGCGGGCCCGACGGCCGCCUCCAGACGUGGAAGGGCAAGCCGGUGGGAUACAAGCAGAUCGAAGGCAGGCCACAGCCGGGCGUGCAGAACUUCGACGGCUCAUUCACGCGCAUAUGGUUCCCGGAUGGCCCGCCUACGUAUUAUAAGGACACGGAGCCGCUAUCCGCCAACAUGCACUACACAGUGCGGGAACAAGGCGCGUGGAAGAAGUUCAUGGAGACGGGUAGGCUCGAGCUGGGCAAUAUGCCAGAGAUGCCGCCGCUGAGGGAACACUGCACUUGGGACUUCUGA